AUGCGGUGCCAUAAAUGCCUCGAGAGGGGGCACGUGAGGUCAACCUGCCCCGGCGAGGCGGACAGGAGCGGGAGGUGUUACCGGUGCGGUGUAGCCGGUCACACCUCCCGCGACUGCCGGUCUGACCCAAAGUGCCCGCUCUGUGCGGACAAGGGCAGGCCGGCGAUGCUGGGCGCCAAGUCCUGCGCCCAGCGGAACGUGCGUGGGAGGAUACCAGGGUGGCGCACACAGGAGCAGGCGCCCGCCACCGGUGCUCCCCCCCCGGCCGAAGCGCGGCCGGCGGAGGAGAAGGGGGAGGAGGCGGGCGGCUCGAAGCAAGGGCCCCAACCGCAGCGCCAACCUAAAGGGGCGCCAGAGAAGAGGGCCUCACCUCCAUCAGAGGCCAUGGAGGUAGAGGCCCUAUCGGAUGGAGGGGGGGACAAUAAGGCCGAUUAA